AUGGAAAGUUUUGAUUACGAGAGCGGCCCCAUAGGACUACCGCACAUAUCUACUGAAGAGUACCGAUCUAUAAAUCAGGGUAACAUCGCACAAAAUAAUGAAAUUAAUGAAAAAACUGCGGCGGUAAACACACCUGUUGAUAUUGCCAAUGACUCAGUUGUUUCGUUCGUGCAAACGUCCUUGACGCACGGCAAGACGGACUCGACAAGUGAAGGAUCAAAGCGCGUGGUGGCCCCUACUGCAGUUUCGACGGGAUCGGAGACCAACGACGCGGCUACAGCCACGCCUGUGCAUCACUCCGGCACCGCGGUUUCGAUGAGUGAUAGUAAAUUAGUCAUCGCAGCGGCGGCCGUUACUGCGAAAGGCGAGCGUAAACUAAUAGCAGAUGUAGUACGACACGGAAAUUGGAAACCAGAGAAAUCUAAGGAGGAUUGA